GGUGCGUGGGUGAGUGUGUCACGGGUGCUAGGUGCGGCUGUGUGUGUGUGAUGUAAGGGUAGUGGGUGCACGUAUGUCCCUGGUUCAUUCUCCCUUCCCCCACCAGAUGUGUUCUGGGGAGGGGGGAAUAGCCUUUCUGCAACUGCCCCUUACCAAGCUUACCCGCCUGACCUCCUUUCCCACGGAGAAAGAAAGGGUUAAUCACUCCCUCCCUCAAAAACUCCUAGGGUCACAGGGAGGGUAGCAGUAGGCCAAGCCCCCAGAAAGACGGGAAAGGCUCCAGAGAGCCUCUGCUAGGCCAGGGACUCUGCUUCUCUGAUAUUAGCCAGCGUAGCCUUCCGGGUCAGAUCACUCAGGCUUGUGUCCUGCCCUUCCUGAGGGCCUCGUGCUCUGGUAGUUUCUCUCAGGGACUGGAGGUGUGGAUCAGGAGCCAACCGGGAGGGUCGACUUUUUUGCCACUGUCUUACUGAAACGAUGCUUGUUAUACAGUGGGUCUCAGUAGAUAUUUGAGAGAGGGGAGAAAAAGCUGGGUAGGGGUUGGGGAGGAGGGGGAGAAUCUGCAUCUGGGAGGCCACGUCGAUUCCUUCUGUUCUGGUUGAGGAAGAGGCUACUGCUUGUUAGUCAGACAUCCGUCCCCCUUGUGGGAAGGUUGGGUGCAUGGUGGUGGUGGGGUGUGCAGGGAAGAGAUUUGCACUGGAGCCUGCAGGAAGGGGCUGGUAAGAAGAGGUGCUGUGCCCCUUUCAAGCAUAACAUUUUGCUUGUGUUCCUGCACCUGCUUCUCUGUGAUUAGAGCCUUUGCCUAGGGCAUCUGAUCCCCGGAAAUGGAAGAAGGUGGUGGAGGCCUUGGCUCACAGGACUUCUCCUCCCUCUAGGACCCCUGAGCUCACAACGUGCUGACGAAGUGCCCCUCUUACUACUCUGACCCCACCACCUCAGAGUGAGGCCUCUAUGCUAUCUCUCAACCUGGGACUAAACUUCAAAUUCCAUCUUCGGGGACCUGCUGCUGUCUGGGGAAGCCCUGUCACUGAGACCCAUCCUCUCUCUCCUGGACUAGGCCAGGAGUCUGAGGAAGAUCUGGAAGGUGAUCUGAGGACCGAUCCCCUUUGGGAACUGCUGGUGGGUUCCCCUGGGAACUACGUCCCAGAGUGGGGCUCUGCCGAAGGCAGCUUUACACCCUGGGCUUCCUCCCUGCCUCCUGAGUCCACAUCCCCCCUCUCAGGGCCCACCAAGAGGCCCACUGCUCCCUCUCAACCUAGGAUGAGCACUGUGACCUGGGCCACUGCUCUGACAGCUACGGCACCUCCAACCAGUGCUCCCAGGCCUCGGCAGAGUGAGCUUGAGCUGAAGUUCGAUGUGGCUUUGAGAGCAGGUGCAGCCCCCACUCUCGGUCAUCGGUCACUACCCCUGCUGCCCAGUCUGAGGGCCAGCCUGGCAGAGAUUGCUGGGCGCUUGGGACCUUUUGGGUUCUUCGGUACGACUCUGUCUCCACUCCGCAACUUCUCCAGCCAGAGUUACCAAGGCACAACAGCACAGCCAAGUUUUGCUUCUGAAGUGUCAGAUUCUCCCGGGCUCUUUGGUACCACUGGGUCCCUUCCCCCAGCCCUCCUGGAAAGGAAGUUCUCAAGCCCAAGCCCAUUGGAUUCAGUGGCUUCCCCCAGCUCUGCCUCAAUCAAGAUCACACCAGUGCAACAUGACCCCACUGUCUCCACUUCUGACCCAGACGAACUCUCUCCGGCCAGCUUCGGGAGUCCUUCAGCACAGCCUGGAUGUGAGCCAGGCUCUUGUAGUGAGCCUGAGUUGUCCGACGACUCGGGGCAGCCGCCUGCCUCCCCGCUGCCUCUCUUCUUCUUGACCCUGGAGGCCGACUGGGCAGAGGCUAGGGCUCGCUGGGGUCUGGCCUGGGAGGCCCAUGUAUAUGGAGCAGGAGCGCUCUUCGGCCUGGUGGCCCUGCUGGCUCUGUUGUCUCUGGCCCUCUUGCCCUGGCGUUGCCCGCCCGGCGCCCCCUGCCUGGCGUUGCUGGAUCUGCUGCUGCUGUCGGCGGGGACCACCCGGGCCUUCCCGCUCUUCUACGACGCCUACGGUCAUCGCGAUCGGCUGCCGGCCCUCGCCUGGCUGCUGCUGCAAGACCUUCCGCUGCCCUGCCUAGCCGCAGGUCUGGGGCUAGCUUGCCUGCUGCUGGCCCGGCCGCGCACUCCGAGGUGCCCCAUCGGCUUGGCGGCGCUGCUGCUGCUGGGGUUGGGGCUGGCGGCAGCGGCCGCCCUGGGAAGCGCAGUGCACCGCCCGCUGCGGCCCCUGCGGCUCGCCUCCCGCGGGCUGCAUGCCUUCCUCGCUGCCUUCCUGUCAGGGCUCCUGCUAGCGCUCUCCUGUUGGGGCGGCCGGCGGCGGAGGGCGGGGGCACCCUUGGGAGGAUCUGGCUUUAAGGGUGCUACCCCUGUCCCACAAGUGCGCAGCCCCUUCGCCCCGCGGGAGUCCUGGAGGCGAGCGGCACGCACAGCUCCGGUGGCCGGGACCUUUGGGCUGCUGAGCGGAGCCCUACAGGGCUACGAGGUGCUUCACGCCCUUGGCUACGGCGGCCAAACAGGCUUGGAGGGGCCCUGGCCCUGGUGGGCUUUCCAGCUAGGUCUGCGUUUGGGAGAGGUAGGCGUCGCGCUCCCAUUGGCGCUGCUUGGCCUCUACCCCGCGCUCUGUAGUCCACGUGUGCCGCGGCGCUGCUGGGCCAAGCUUUUCCGACUGUCUCCUGGACAUGCUGCCCCGCUGCUGCCAGGAGGUUGGGUCCCCGGAAUCCGGGACAAGGAGCCCCUGGGUAGCGCGAUCGCGCGUGGGGAUGCGGAGCUGCUGCAGCUCUGCGCCCUAGCAGGCCCAGGUCCUGAUCUCCUUCUCCAAGGUGGCAGCUGCCCGGGCUUCGAAGGUGCCAGGGCCAACUCAACGCAGUCACCAGCCUCCUCCCCUAGCAGCGAUUGCACGGUGGACUUCCGCCCGCCCUCGCCCAUCAACCUGCGGCGCAGCAUCGAGGAAGCCCUCUGUAGCGAGGCGCUGCUGGCUCCUGGCCUCUUUCAGGGCCCUGCCUUUGGGGACGCCCUGUCUGGGCUUGGUCUCUACCGCACCAUCUCACUGGGGAACAAGACAGGGGCAGGACCCAGUGAGAAGUCCGAGAAGGUCCCUGGAUCCCCAGCACCUCCAGAGCUUCCCUCUCCUGGCGCCUGGCCUCCCGGCAGCAGCGCAUCAUCGGGUUCUCUGUGUGGACUCUCACGGGACAGCUCAUCCAUGCUUCUGUGUUCCAGCCCCGACAGGCCCCCGCGCUGCCCGUUAGUCUGCGUCCUCAGUCCCCCGCGGCCCUCAGAAAGCAGCCCCAGCCUCCCAGCCUCAGGGUCCUACCAGGCCCUAUCCCCACCCUCCCGCGACUCCCCGGAACAUGCUUCUGAACUGCAGGCUGAGGAGGCAUUGCUGCAAGAGCAAUUCCUGGACGCCUGCCGACAGAUUGAUGAGCUGAGCAUGGGCAGCGACACCAUAGACCUGUGAAGGGGCGGCUAUUUCACAGCCGAGAAGCUGUUUGCCCCCUUUUCUGGCAUCUGAUCUGCUCAAGACCUCCUCACUGUAAUAAUUCCCCAAUUCUGCCUGGUUUAGAUACCUCUCUCUGAUUCUUUCCCAUCCAGAGGCCCCUGGGUGGGUGGGUCAGCAACCAGGCUCUAUGUAUUGGGAAUCAGUGCCAAGUUCUCUGGAGCCAUGGAGUGCUGAUGCCCCCAGCUACAAUUUUAGGCUGGCAGGGUCCUACUUUCCUUGACCUCACCAGCAAUAAAGCUCCAAGGUGCUCCACUCCUGACCACCAUACCCCCUAGCCUGGUGCUGAGUGAGACAGCUAUCCUAAAAAGACCUAGUUCCCUGUCUGGGCUCUGUACCCACCUCUGCCAUUCAUUGAACCAAUCCCUAACGAUGGAUCUGUGGCCCAAGAAACCUUACAGCAACUGAGUGGGAAACGAGCGUUUUCAGAGUCAAUGUAUCAAUAAAAUAUUUUCAGAGGAGAA